AUGGCUCUCCAUCCAGUUCAAGACGCUGGCAAGCUGAUCUUUGCACCAGCGAAUGACAAGACAAAUUCACAAGCAGACCAAUACGCCAAAGGCGCCCUCUCCCUCGACGAACUCGACCCCAAAUCGCCCUUCACCCAAUUCCACACCUGGUUCACAGCCGCGCAACAAAACGGCGUGCACCAACCGGAGACCGUCUGUCUGUCGACGGCUUCCCUGCCCUCCGGCCGCGUCAGCGCGCGCAUGGUCUACCUAAAAGAGCUCGACUCGAGGGGCUUCAUCGUAUACUCGAAUUUCGGCACGAGUAAGAAGGCGAAGGAUAUUGAGAACAACAAGUGGGCGAGUCUGACAUUCUGGUGGCGGGAGAUGGAGAGACAGGUUAGGGUUGAGGGCCUUGUGGAGAGGAUGGGUAGUGAGGAGAGUCAGGUGUAUUAUGAUACGCGGAUUAGGGGGUCGAGGAUCGGUGCUUGGGCAAGUAAGCAGAGUCAAGUGCUUGAGGGCAGGGAGCAGCUGGAGGGAUGGGUUAAGGAUGUGGAGGAGAGGUUUGAGGGGCAGGAGAAGAUUCCUAUUCCUGAGUUCUGGGGAGGACUGAGGAUCAAGCCGGAGAUGGUGGAGUUUUGGCAGGGAAGGGAGAGUAGGUUGCAUGAUCGGUUCCAGUACACGAGGCUGGAGGACGGGGGGUGGAAGAUUGAGCGGUUGAGUCCGUAG